AUGGAUCGCAUCUUCCGCAAGGUGGAGCGGGGCGUCGAAGCCCUCUUUGGGGAAGAGAGGCAUGCGCACACUCACUCCGGUCACUCCUGCGAGGAGCACCAUUCCGAUGCCCACACUGGAAACCGAUUCCAAUCCUUUGCGGCGCAAACCACCGGCAACGCCAAGUGGUAUGUCGACGGAUGCUCUUAUUUCUGGGCCGUUUCCGAGGCCAUUGAGCAGGCCCGCGAGAGUAUCUACAUUCUGGAUUGGUGGUUGAGCCCGGAGCUCUACCUGCGCCGGCCCCCUUCUGCCAAUGAACGAUACCGUCUCGACAACCUGCUCAAGGCUGCUGCUGAGCGAGGUGUCAAGGUCAACAUCAUUGUCUACAAGGAAGUCGAGGCCGCCCUGACCUUGAAGUCAUCUCACACAAGGACCUACCUGGAAAGCCUUCAUCCCAACAUCGGCGUGUUUCGACACCCUGACCAUGUUCCCACUGGAUACGACCUCAACAGUGAGAUUGGCGAGAACUUCUCAAACCUGUCCUUGAGCACGUUCAAGCUAUCCACUUUCUCUGGUGAUGCCCUGAAGACCAUCUACGGUACCGCCACCGACGGCGUCGUUCUGUUCUGGGCCCACCACGAGAAGCUUUGCCUCAUUGACAACAAAAUCGCUUUCAUGGGAGGGUUGGAUAUGUGUCAUCCCAUUGCGGACGCUCAUCCCGGCAACUUGGAUGCCAUCGUCUUCCCUGGCCAAGACUACAACAACGCGCGUGUCUAUGACUUUGCCGACGUUGAUAACUGGGAGCAGAACAAGCUCGACCGCACCAAGAGCUCGCGAAUGGGCUGGUCUGAUGUUGCCAUCAGCUUGAGUGGUCCCAUCGUUCAAAGCUUGUCGGAACACUUUGUCGACAGAUGGAACUUCAUCUUUGAUGACAAGUACACCAAGAAGAACCCUGGAAAGUAUGGCAGAAUCGACGGCUUCAGCCAGGAGUCGGGAAGAAUUGCCGAGGACGGCCAGGGCGGUGGUUUCUUCGGCGGCGCUGGCCACCAGGCAGGCCAUCUUUUCGGGGAUCUCGGAGACCGCAUCAACCGAGGCAUGAGCCAUUUGAUGGUCAGCGACGACCAGCCCGAGAACGAUGGCAGACCUCUGCGUCAAGACCGCGGUGAUCAGUCGGCCAAUAUCCAGCUCACUCGCAGCUGUACCAAGUGGUCUUCCGGCCAUCCCACCGAGCACUCCAUCGCCAAUGCCUAUAUUGAUGCCAUCACCAGGGCUCAACAUUUCGUCUACAUGGAGAACCAGUUCUUCAUCACUGCCACGAGCGACAAGCAGCACCCCGUCACCAACAAGAUCGGCCGCGCCAUCGUCGACCGUAUCCUCCGCGCCCACCGAAACGGCGAGGAUUUCAAGGUCAUUGUCAACAUGCCCGCCGUUCCCGCCUUCGCCGGCGAUCUCAAGGCGGACGACGCACUGGGCACCCGCGCCAUCAUGGAGUUCCAAUACAACUCCAUCAGCCGCGGCGGACACAGCAUCAUAGAAUCCCUCCGAAACGAGGGCGGUAUCGACGACCCUGGCCGCUACAUACGCUUCUACAACCUUCGCAACUACGACCGCAUCAACGUCUCCUCCGACAUGUCCCGCGCUGAGCGCGAGAGCGGUGUCUCGUACGAGGACGCCCGCCGUGAGCAUGACGAUGCCGUCGGUGCUGGCUACGAGCCCCGUGGCGAGGGCACCGGUGCCAGCUGGGGCGGGCGCAACACCCAGUACGACCGCUACCAGCAGGCCGCCUCCCGCGUCGGCGAUCACACCUGGGACACCGUCUCGUCCUGCUACAUGGACGCCGGUCCGGACCUGCACAGCGUCCCCUGGCAAGGCGAGCCGGAAGCCGAGAUGGACGCCUUCGUCAGCGAGGAGCUCUACAUCCACUCCAAGCUCCUCAUCGCCGACGACAACCUCGUCAUCGUCGGCUCCGCCAACCUCAACGAUCGCUCUCAGCUCGGCACCCACGACUCCGAGAUCGCUGUCAUCAUCGAGGACCCCACGCCCGUCGAGUCUGAGAUGGCCGGCCGUCCCUACACAGCCUCCAAGUUCGCCGCAUCCCUCCGCCGCCAGAUCUUCCGCAAGCACCUCGGUCUGCUGCCCGACCAGCGCUGGGACCGGCCCGACGACAACUGGACGUCCGUCGAGCGCGGCCCGAACAUGUACGACUGGGGCUCCCCCGCCGAUCGCCUGGUGCAGGAUCCUAUGUCGCGCGAGUUCUGGAACCUGUGGGAGGGCACGGCGCGCACAAACACCGAGGUCUUCUCCAAGGUAUUCCACAACGUGCCCAACGACCAUGUGCGGACCUGGAAGGACUACGACGAGUUCUUCUCCCGCCACUUCAUCAUCCCCGGCGCCAAGAAGGAGGGCGAGGGCGAGGGCGAGGGCGACAACGUUGGCAAGGUCGAGUACGGCCACGUCGUCAAGGAAGAGUUCCCCGGCGGUGUUCGGGAAGUCAAGGAUUGGCUCAACCGUGUGCGCGGUAACAUUGUCGAGAUGCCCCUCGACUUCCUUGUGGACGUGGAUGACAUUGCCAAGGAGGGUCUGUCUCUGAACAGCUUCACUGAUGAGCUGUACACAUAG